AUGCGAACGGAGAGAGACCAGGCACACCUCAAAGUAACUUCUCUCUCUGCUCUCUCUAUCAGGUUCAUAUUCAGGUCAACCAACUUCCGGGGCAAGCCUUCAGGUCCCAUGCUGGUAGCCACCUACUGGCCUGAGCUACCAGUCACCAUCGACGCUGCCUAUGAGAACCCACUGGAGGAGAAGACUGUGUUCUUUGCAGGCAAUGAGAUGUGGAUCUUCAAUGCAGACCAGAUAGAGAAAGGCUACCCCAAGAGGAUCUCCUCUAUAGGCCUGCCCACAGACCUGAAAGGCAUUGACGCAGCCUUCUCCUUUGGAAAGAGCCAGAAGACCUACCUGUUCGCUGGAGACCAGUUCUGGAGGUACAAUGAAGCCAAGAAAAAGAUGGACCCUGGCUUCCCCAAGCUCAUCGCUGACUCCUGGAACGGAAUCCCAGACGGCAUUGACUCUGCCUUUAGUCUGAAUGGCAUCGAUUACACCUACUUCUUCAAAGGUGCCCACUACUUCAAAAUGGAUGACAGUAGCCUGAAGAUCGUCAAACUGGGCGAGAUUACAAAGGACUGGCUGGGUUGUCACUAAGCAACAGUGAGAAGCAUAGACGUUGGCUAAGCUCUCAGCGGACUGAUUCCCCCAUCCCUAUCCAACCAGCCUAUCCUGCACCCUAGCCUAGAAACUAAAGACACCCUCUAACACACCGUGGGACCAUCUACACAGGCUGAACGUAGGCAUCAGGAUUUUGUAUUAUAUUACUGUGUGAUAUUAUCAGUUUCUAUGUUAUGAUGAUGCAGAUUUACUUUGAUCUCUCUACCCCCUUGUUUGUUAUUAGAAACUCAGACAUCCGGUAUGUCCACACUACAUAGAGACAGGCAGUGUUGUACUGGAAAAUAUUCUCCUAUAUAAAUGGAGCUUCACCUGAGCAGUAUUGCAUCAUCUGAAGAAUGAAUGCUGUCUAUAUUUACUGCUAUGUCUGCAAUCUAGAGAGUACAUGAUACUGCAAUAGAAUGAGAAAUAGUCAAUAGCAAUUUCAGUGUUGUGGAAUACAUUUGAAAAUAUGAAUUUGCACAAUAUGUCUGGACAGAUAAUGGUGCUUAUAGAAAAUGCUUAAUUGCAUGAUCCUAUAUUUGAUAUGCAGUUUUUCUACAUUCUGUUCAGACUAUUUUCAGAAGUAAGUACUUAUAGACACACCUUAUUCUUCAAAUAGGGCUAGCACUUUGUAUUAGACUAUACAGGGGUACUGCACAAAUAUGGAGACCAAAUUCUCCAUUUUGUAGGAUCUGUCUAUUGUUUCACUGAUGGUACAGGGAGAUGAAAGGCACGGACUGCCUAGAGACUGUAUCUGGUUUGUUGUUGCAUGAUGGAGUCAUGACAAGAGAAGUACCACAGAAGUAUUGUGUAAUAAUCUUUUUGUUUUGUUGUUUUGAUACUAGUCAUUUUGUUUUGAUUCGUAUGCUUUUUUAUAAUGUGUCAUUCUCUGUCUGUAAAAUAAUAAAGAUGGAUGGUCAAUA